CCUCCCCCUCAUUCUCCCCACCCCCACCCACAUCGCCGCCGCCGCCGCUGCUCAUGGCAAGGUGCUUAGUACUAGUACUCUGGAGGCAUAAUAGUUUGCUUUCGGCCAGAAAGCCUACAUCCUCGGUGUGGCCAUCUUGUUUCGUCAUUCAUCCAGCAGGGCAAGGCCGGUUGAUCCGAGCUGACCGGAAGCCCGUUCGGAUCUUGACCCACAGACUCGCAGCCCAAUUUCAGGGAGCACCAUGCACACAUAGAUGUGGAUCAUGAUGUGGGAUUGUGUAUAUAUGUACAUGUGUACAUAUAUACUCAUACAUAUGCUGCUCCAUAUAGACGGAAGUUGCUCGUCCCCACCAUCGGUGUGACCUACAGGGGAGAAUCGAAAGAGCCCGGAAGCAAAGGAACGCGGAGACACAGAGAGUGGAGAAAAGCGUGGCGGAUCUUCCGGACUGCCUGCUGCCGCCUGCUGCCUGCUGCCCUUGCGCCUCCACGAUCAACAACACUCCGUCGGCGGGCCACACGCUCCGACGCAACCCAGGGAACACCCAGGGACCGCCGUCCGAAAUCUUUCCGGGGGGGUUAGUUUUUCUGGUUUUCUCCAGCCAGCCGUUACCCAGUUUACUCUAGGCAGGGUACCGUAGGUAACUCUGGGUACUUACUGAGGUACUAGUAGCGCAGCGCAGUGAACUGUGAGGACUUAGUGGACCUCUUAUACAC